GGGUUUUUUUUUACAUAAAAGCUAGGAACUAGAUUUCGUUUAAUGAAAAAUUUGCUGUUCACAUUCUUUGUACACAAAAAGAAAAUGAAACAAUCGCGAAAAUAGAUUGACUCAAUUCGACUCGAUUGCCAAUACGAAAUGACUCGAAGAUGACUCGACUCCAGAAAUGGCUUGACUCGCCCAAUCCUGUUUCAAACUGAUUCUUAACUUAUCAUUCAGUUAUAAGAGCUUGUUUUCGUUUAACUAUUCGUAGUCCAUCACGUUGCUAACACUAUUGUUUUAAGUGAUAAAUUCUCUGAAUAAAAAUCUCUAGAGCUGACUGUAUCAGAUAUCUAGAAAACCUAAACAUACGUAUAACGGAUCAAAAUUGCAUCUAAAAAAGUGCAUUAUCUCGAGGUAUAUGCUAUUUUAUUUUCUUCAGUCACCUAAUUGACAUAUGAUUUUGCCCCAACAAUUAUUAGAAUUCUUCUUGUAUUGUGUUCAGCACUAAUUUUCUCAAAAAAAUAAUUUCGAACUAGAUAGUAAUUAUAGUACAAUUUCACUUUACAUGCGUAUUGUUUAACUUCGCGAACAUUUCUAUCUGAUUUCCAGUAUGAAACCUUUCUCUACAUUAGUGCACGUAAAGUGUGUCACUGUAUCAGUAAAAAAUAUACAGAAAUUUCGUUUCUUUUUCUAUUCUUACGAAAAGUCAUGCCGUCGGAUAAUUCGCUUGUCCAUCACUCGAUAACAUACGUGGAUAACAAAUAGAACGAAACAGUUUUUUUCGUAACGUGUGAUCAUCGAUGUUUUUCCUCUCCUACUAAAUGAAUGAUUUCAUUCUGUCGUCAGUCCUGAAUAUAUUAAUUUUUGAAACAAAUCAUUUGUUUUAGCUGUUAAAAAUAAUCAUUAUAUAUCAACUUCAAAGAAAAUUUAGUUUCUUUUGGUAAUCGGUAAAGAUUUUAUCUACAACUUUGUUCAACCAUUUAUUUAGAAAAAUUAAUAUUUUUUAACAGAUUUUUUUAUAAACGAAAUCUGCAUCAAGUGGCACACGAUUUUGUUUUCUUUGCGUUGAUAAUUCGUAAGGAUUUUAAAAAUCUUUUUACUCUUUUUCUUUUAAGUUAAUGGUUUCAUUUAGAUUUGUUAUUAAGUAAAUUUUAAUCAAGUGUAGAAACAUCCUGUUUGUUUAUGUCAUUAGAAUAGGUAAACACUUUUUAACGAAUAUUUCUAUAUCAUUUAUUCAAACCAAUGGUUUCUUUUAGACUUUUACUAUCUGAAUUGAAAUUUAUUGGGAUAUAGUUAGCUGUUUUUCUGGACGCACUGAGUAUUCUAUUGAGCAAUUUUUCUUGACAUACGUUUUCUUUUAGAAGAUGGAAGUAUCAAAUGAUAAUGUUUCAAGAAGAGGCAAUUUUUAUGUCGAUGAAUUUUGUUUAAGAGUAAAUGGUAUUAUCAUGAUGUUUGUGGGUUGGAUUACAUUAGCUCAUUCCAUCACGUGUGCUGCUUCCUAUCAAGUAAUUGCUGCAAUUAGGGGUGGCACAUUUUCUUUACUGAUGCCAUAUGUAAAGAAGCAUGAACUUGGAAAAAUCUUUUUGCAAGACGGAGUUAUUUUUCAUGGUGUCAAUAUGAAGUAUUUCCAAGAACAAUAUAAAGAAUUAAUUUUUUUAAUAACUAAUGUUAACAAUUUUACUGUUAAACAUGAUGAUGAAUUAGGUAGAUUAUCAAAGGCAACCCUGGAUAUGAAUUUAUUUAUUUCGGUAUUACCGCUGGUGUUUAAUUUACCAUGGACUUCCAAUGUUAUUUUAAUUAUUGGUGCUAUAUUUACAAGAUUAACAAUAAAUGAAUCAUCGGUGACGAUCGCAAUUGAUUCUUUUCGUAUAAGUGAAUCUAUGGAAGUUACACCGUGCGAUACAAUCAAUGUCAUUGUGGAUUCUACAACAACGACAACGAAUGACUGUGAAUGA